GGCUGCUAAUUGGUAUUUUGAUGUGUCAUUUGCCAGCUUGAAUGUUUCAUACAUUGUAGAUGUCUUUUAAGAGUGUCUGCUGUAUUGCUUACGUCAGAAUAAUUGAGGACUCCAAUUAGUUGUUUUAGUUAGCACAGGCUGCAGUGCUGAAAGUUUGGAUAGAUUAGAAAGUUGUUGUUUUUUUUUUUUGUUAGAUUCUUUAUAUUGUAAGAACUGUGUGGUUAUAAGGAUGAGGUGCGUCACAUUUUUGUUAUGUUGCACUAUGCUGAAAAUGCAGUUGAUGGUGACCCAUUCACAAAAUACAGAUGACUCAACCACUGGUGACUGUUCUCAGCUAGAUUCAUGUGAUCGAUGCACCGGUGGAGAUCCUGCUCUCAAUCUGACAAACUGUAUUUGGAGAAGCUGCGACAAUGAUAAUAACACGAGAUGCAUACCUGACACAGAAGACCCUGGAGAGUGCGCUGUGUUCAAUGAGACAAACUCCUGCCCAAUUAGUGAGAGGUUUGAAGACAGUGGAUCAGAUGACUCUUCUAAAGGCUCAGAGUUUUCUCAGGCAUCAUUCGACCUGUCCAGCUUCAUAGGUGGGAUUAUACUUGUGUUGUCACUCCAAGCAGGGGCCUUCUUUGCUUUGCGCUUCCUUAAGACGAAAGACAGCUCUUAUGAGACCAUUGACCAACCCCAGUAAGAAAAGAAAACAGCAAACAAAUAAAAAAUAUAAAACAUAUGUAGAAGUACAGAACAGCAAGAAAUGAGAAGAAUAGAAGGAGCUGAGAAAUCGUAAGCAAGAGUUGACCGAGCAGUACAAGAGGGAUGCUCGUUUUAAGAUCCUCACCUAUUUAUCUGGGAUUUUAUUGUUUAUUUAUUUGUUUGUUUUUG